UUUGCCAGCAGCCUUACUCAGGCCUCGCCCACGCAGGACAUUAGGUGAGAUCGCAUGGCUGCCCUUCCUCGCGUGAUACUAUUUUUCCUGCUGUUUUCCACUUGGGCACCUAAUGUUUUUUCAGGACUGAAACCACAGGACCCCGCUAAAUGGCCUCCGCCCCCAUGUGAACUGUACUUCCCGGUGGAUUCCAGUUAUAUACCACAGGAACCAGAAUGCCCUCAGAUAUUUGCCACGGUUUGUACUACAAGUGGCAAUUCUUUCCAGAAUGAGUGUUACUUUUGUCUUGCUCAGUGGGAAUUCGGUUCUCGUAUUAAAUUUCUUAAAUAUGGAAAAUGUUAGUAACGGAGCGCUCCAUUUAUUUAUUCUUUUUCCUGCUUAAUUCUGAAAAUCACUUCUUCUGGAAUUUGAGGACGUAUAAUAAAUAACAUGCCUGUACCCACAUUUGUAAUGAAAUCGGGAACAAAUUAAACUAAUGGAGCACAAAUACUGGAUUUAUUACAAAUAAACAUUGUAAUAAAAGAAGUGGUCAGUGUUCAUGCCUGAGUGCUGGUUGUUUAAAGUCAGCUUUCGUUGUGCUUGGGUCUAAGGUCUGUUAUCAGGUGAGCUUACCUAACAGUCUCCAGAAUUAAUUUUUUUGCAGAUUGCAGGCUUAUCUGCAAGGUCCGGCCCUGCCCCACUAAUGUCACUUAAAGACAGGAGCAAAAGAGGAAAUAUCCCCACACACACAUACACACAGCUAGAAGUUAGAGACUUUCUACCCCAUAUUCAUGAGUGAAGCCCACCUGCAUUAGGGGAGAAAAAAAUCCCACAUGCUAAUAGAAGGAGGGAGGAGGGUAGCCAAGAGUUUUGGGGGCCAGGCAUGCUUGAGACAGAGCUUUGAUAUCAUUUGACCCCCUGAUUUCAGCAUACCCAAUUCUUACUCCAUUUCAUCAUUACUAUUACAUUGGUCAAUAAGUUCCUUUUUCCCUAAUGCUAUUUAUAAUGUCACUUAAACUGAAAAAUCUUGACUAAUACAGGGAGAUGAAUUCAUUUUUACAUUUCAGGCUGGGGAAAUGAACAGUGGAAAAAGCCUUUGUUUUCUGUGUGCUGUGUUGCCACUAGAUGUCAGUCUCUUCUACCUUAGUCUAAGGAGCUCUUGAUUUAACCAGCAGCUUCCAGAAGAGGGCAUACAACUCUCCUUUCCCCAUC